AUGAAGCUUCUUACGCACAACAUGCUGACAUCUCAUGUGAAGGGUGUCACCAAAGGAUAUCCGCUGCUAAUUAAGGCGACGGAGGUGAAGGUAAACGAGGUGGACUUUAACCCUCAGUUCGUCAGCCGCAUGAUCCCCAAGCUGGAGUGGAGCGCUCUGCUUCAAGCUGCGGACGAGUUGGGUCAGCGACAAGACCUGCCGGGUGAACUGGUGGCUGACUUCGAGAACAAUGAAGAUUUCCUCAAGAAGGUGCACCGGGUUCUUUUGGAGGUGGAAGUUAUAGAGGGCUGCCUGCAGUGUCCCGAGUCAGGACGACAGUUCCCCAUCUCCAAAGGGAUCCCCAACAUGCUGCUGAAUGAAGACGAGGUGUAG